CUUCGCCCCGCCGUCCUCGCCGUCGCCGCCCUCGUCCUCGCCGACAUUAAAGAACACGUCCACUCCUUGCGCGUAUCCUACACCUUCGCCAUGAAGUCUAUUGCAGCAGUUACGCUCUUCGCGUCGGUCGUCCUGGCCCAGUCGUCCUCUCUCAUUCCUUCGGGAAUCAGCACUCAGUGCUCGACCUUCCUGAGCACGUUCGACAAGGACAGCUCGCUCUCCACCUGCACCACGUCCCUCAUCUCCGCCACCUCCUCGUUUGCGCCUAGCACGAACGCGUCCGCGGCGACCACUACCCACUCCGCCUCCUCCAUCAGCGCGGCGCUGAACAGCGUGUGCUCCACCGCCUCCACCUGCCCUGAUACCUCGGUCCGCCAGAACCUCGCAGACUUUUACACUGCGUGCGGCCCCGAACUCACCACGAGCGCAAACAAAGACGUGAUCAAGAUUUACGACGUUCUCUACGCGAUCAUCCCUCUGCGGCAGGCGGUCUGCUCCAAGGCUGACAACGGCCAGUACUGCGCCACCCAAAUCGCGGCCAACUCCACCGCCUCCUCGAGCACGCUCUCGGCUAUCUCGAAGUUCGUCUCGUCGGGCGGGGUGUCGCUCACUCGUCGUGCGACCACCCAGUCCGUCGUGGCCGUUUCGCCCAACGCCACGACGUUCGCGACCAACAACCUCCUCUUCUUGAUGCUCCUCCCCACCACGCCCGAGGCGUCGCUGUGCACUUCGUGCACGCGCAACGUCCUCACGCCCUACAUCAGCUUCGAGUCAUCCACCCCCUACGCUCCCGGCCUGUCUAACUCCGUCCUCCUAUCCGGCCAGACUGCCCUCUACGCGGCGGUCAAGUCCACGUGCGGUGACAGCUUCCUUAACGGUGCCGUUGCGGCCGCGGCUGGUCUCUCUGGCGGUAUCGUUGGUCAGGUGUCGACGACGGACGGAGCUGCUAGCCUUGCGAUUGGCACCGGUGCCGUGGGUGCGAUCGUGGGUGCGAUCGCCCUCGCGUUCUCUGCAGCGCUCUAAGGCGGAGGAGAAUCAGGAGAUGUGGAAGUUGUUUUAGAGUAUGCUCUUUCUCCGUGAUCCUUCGGUAUCGCGAGUCGCUAUUUGAUGUUAGUAUACCCCGUAGUGUUGUUGCGUUCAAUUGAGUCGAGUAGGGCAGUCGCCAGUAAAACACGGCCGAUUUCCGGACACGUCCUAUGAAAGCAAAAUACUGUUAGAAGUGCUCCUUGGGUAUCGCACAACUCUUUUAAUGUAUGCCCCGGCCCUCCAGAACAUCUGCUGUGGCUGUCAGUAAUACCGUCGAAGUUGCCUCCACUUCGAACUACUUAAUAUUUGCCUUCC